GCAACUAUUCGCGUUAAAUGAUUGGAGGAGAGAGUGCGGAUCUCGGCCAACCAUUGGCUACCUGACAUGUCAGUUAAGUUGAUUGGCAGUGACGAAGCAGCAUCUGACACAGCCAAUUCCCGCGUGGUGGCGACAGAAGCUAACGAAGAUGCCAGUGAUGUGGACAGUGAAGGUGGUUGGCCUGGGGGUGGUGGCCCUCUCUCUGAGUCUGGAACUGCUCAUCUGGCUCAUCCGUCGCCUCAGGCCUGGAAGAGCCCUCAAUGAAGUCCUCUUCUUCCCCUCAGAAAUUGCCUGUGUGGAGCACAUCUUCACUCCGCCUUCACCUUAUUCCUGCGUCUGCUCAUUGCCACAUGGUGUAGAGACCUCUUUCUCCCGUCUCCUCCGCCACCUCCUGUCUGCCACCUCCUCUCUGGACCUGUGUGUUUUUGCCUUUUCGAACAUGGAUCUGUGCAGGGCUGUGCUAGUGCUCCAUAGCAGGGGCGUAACUGUCCGAGUCCUCACUGACAAGGACUACGCCGCCAUCACCGGCUCCCAGAUAGGGGUCCUCCGCAAGGCCGGGAUCUGUGUGCGGUGUGAUGUGGGCUCCGUGUACAUGCAUCACAAGUUUGCAGUGGUGGACGACCAGCUGCUCAUCACCGGCUCCCUCAACUGGACACUGACAGCAGUGCAGAGCAACAUGGAGAACGUCCUCAUCACCAAGGAGCCAGAGCUGGUGCGACCCUUCAUCAAGGAGUUCCACAGGUUAUGGUUGCACAAUGAUCCAGCUCGAUACCUCUCCUCUGUUGACCAAAAACUUGCUCACGUUUUCACUAGAGCCAGUGACUAAUUAACCAUGAGGAAUAUUGAGGUAGAAGGUCAGCAUGCAAAAUCUGAACAGUUAGCUUGGCCAGAAAGUGUCUCCAGGACUGAUGUUUUCUUAUUAUGAAGAGGCUCUGUUACUUUAAGUUUUGGAAGACUUGUUCACGUUAAAGUUAAGACGUUACUGUGCAAGAUGAUAGGGGUUUUAAGGCGUGUUUAUUUCAAAAUUUAUAAAAAAAAAAAAAAAAACAGGUCUGAUUUCGUAAGAGACAAGACAAGAACACUGCUGUUGAAGUGCUGUAUUAGUUGUUCUGCUUGGCACAGACCAAGGACACGGAAUAUAUCAACAACAUAGAGUUGGGGCAGUUUAAAAGAGAAACCCUCUGUUUUUGUUAGGUGAGAACAUUUUUUAAGUUUUUAAAUCGAAGUUUAUGUUUUUAGAUAUUGUUAGAUAUUGGCUGACAGUAUGUCAUCAGUUACAGUUGCUUUUUGACAAAGUUUCUUCAUGGUCAUAACAUCAUCAAGGAUCUAUUAUAUGUUUUUCCUCAUCAGAACUAUUUGGAAUAUGUUGGCUACUCAGGAGCUUGAGAUUCAUACCUUUAUUAAAAUCAAUCCACAGUUCAUCUUGUGUACUAUAUAACUUGAAAUUACACUGGCUGUAAAAAUCCAGUGUAUUGUUCAGGGUGUGCUGAAUUGUGCCAAGCACCAAUAAAAACCCUCUUUCACACUGCAGUUUUGGCAGGUCUGUUGCAUCAUUGCCCUGCAGCUGUGUUUUUUUUCUC